AUCAAUGGUGGGAAUCUUAUGGUUGUGGAGCCCCAAAUUUGCAAAAGUUGGCUAUUCGUGUUUUAAGCCAGACUUGUAGCUCUUCAGGUUGUGAGCGUAACUGGAGUAUUUUUGAACACAUUCACUCAAAGAAGAGGAAUCGGUUAGAGCAUCAAAAACUUAAUGAUCUUGUUUAUGUUCAUUACAACUUAAGGUUACAACAAAGGUACUUUUUUUAUUGUUUUAAGUUGAAAGCAUUAUUUUAAAAUCUUAAUCAUCACAUGAGUAACGAAAUAUAUUGAUAACAUAGGAACCAAAUGAGAAACCAAGUUUAUGAUCCAAUUUGUCUUGAUGCAUUUGAGGAUCAUUCGGAAUGGAUACUGGAAGAUUCACCACCAUUUUUAACUCCUGAAGAAAUUGAUGCUUUACGAAAUGAUCUUGCAAAUAUGUCUCUUCAAUCACCUUUAGAUGAUUUAGAUCAAUUGGAUUUGGAAGAUGAUCGGGAUGAAGAUGGAGCUAAUAAUUCUGUGGAAAAUGCAAAUCAAAAUGAAACCAAUCAGGAUGUAGCUCCACAUUUGUCAGAUGAAGAGCAACUUGCCGACUUUGAAAUCACUCCUUGGAUUUAGUUUAUGAAUUGUUAUCCAUAUUGUGUUUAAUUAAGAUACUAAUGUACUAGUACUAACUACUUUCAUGUUUAUCUUUGUAUUAGUUAUAUUUAGACUUUGAAACUUGGUUGUUUUUAAAAUGUUGGUGAAGAACUAACGAUAUGUAUUUUGAAUUUAUUAAUUUUAUGACUAUUUUUAGUAUUUUAUA